UUUAGGUUAUUAUGAAAGGAAGAUAGAGACAGAGAGUGAGGAAGAGAUCCCGUGUCGUACAGACGACACAUCCUUAUUGCGAAAGGGGGCUGCAAAGCUCGGUCAAGAGAAAAAAAAAAAUCUUGCAACGUUAGAAAAGCCAAGUCUCUGUUAUUGACGCAGGGCGUUUGAGGCGCGCAGCAUCCGUCCAGCAUCAGCAGCAUCACUGAAGGAGGCAGAGACACUGCGAGCACGUCCUCAUUCAUAGCUGCUCUUUCAAAGGAGCCAACAGGCCUCCAUUGCUUAUCUAGGUGUGGUUGAAGUAGCAGGAUGACGAGUCUGUUGUGUCUGCUGUCUCUCAGCUCUCUGGCUCUGAGCUACGCACAGGGUGGGGAUGUGUGUGUGUCGGGUCACAACAGUGGGCCAGUGUUUGAGGAGCAGCCGUCUAGUCUGAUCUACCCAGAGGGGAUGCCAGAAGGCAAGGUGACCCUGAGCUGCCAGGCUCGCGCCAGCCCUGCUGCUGUGUACAGGUGGCGUGUGAAUGGCACAGAUGUAGCUGUCGGAGAGGAUUCACACUAUGUGCUGGUCGCGGGAAACCUUGUGAUCAAUAACCCGCAACAUGGGCAAGAUGGUGGGUCGUACCAGUGUCUCGCCAUCAACCGCUGUGGCACCAUUGUUAGCCGUGUUGCUAACCUCAAGUUUGGCUACCUCCGUGAUUUCCCCCCUGAGAGUAGAAGCCCUCAGACUGUCCAUGAGGGCACUGGAACCUUUCUUGCCUGUCAACCACCUGCUCAUUACCCAGCUUUGUCCUACCGCUGGUUCAUCAAUGAAUUUCCCAACUUCAUCCAGCCAGAGGGGGGCAGAUGGUUUGUGUCGCAGGUGACUGGUAACUUAUACCUAGCUAAUGCAAGAGCCAAUGACACGGCCAACUACUUCUGCUUCACCACUAUCAACAUGGACAUCAGUACCAAGAGCAUCUUCAGCAAAGCCAUCCAGCUCACCGUUUACCCUGACGUGAACUUAAGAAAAUCUGCCCCAAACAUUCGAGUGCGUUUUCCCGCUGAGACAUAUGCAUUAGCAGGACAGACCACACAGUUGGAAUGCUUUGCCUAUGGCAAUCCCAUUCCUAAAACCCGCUGGAGGAAGUUGGAUGGGGUUUUAUCCCCUAAGGUUGGAGCCAGUGCAGAAGGACCCACCCUGAUUAUUCCUGAACUGAACUUUGAUGAUGAGGGCAUGUAUGAAUGCGAGGUUUAUAACUCAGAGGGCCGGGAGACACAUCAGGGACGAAUCUCUGUGCAGGCCCAGCCGGAGUGGCUGCAGGUAAUGAGUGACUCUGAGGUGGAGAUCAGUUCUGAGCUGCAGUGGAGCUGCGCCGCUGCGGGAAAACCAAGACCCACCAUCCGCUGGCUCCGUAACGGACAGCCACUCAGCACACAGGACCGUGUGGAAGUCAAUAAUGGGCGACUGAGGAUCAGUAACCUUGCCCUGGAGGAUUCAGGGAUGUAUCAGUGUGUGGCCGAAAACAAACACGGCACAAUUUACUCAAACGCUGAGCUCCGCGUUCAAGUCCAGGCUCCAGACUUCAGGUUAAAUCCAGUGCGUAAGCUAGUCCCUGCUGCCCGUGGAGGACAGGUUAAAAUGGAGUGUAAACCUCGAGCGGCGCCAAAACCCACUCUCUUCUGGAGCCGUGGCACAGAGCUUCUGACCAAUAGGAGCAGGAUAACAGUCACUCCAGAUGGGAUUCUGUGGAUCUUCAACAUUAGUCGGGCAGAUGAGGGGAAGUACACAUGCUUUGCAGAAAACUUUCUGGGCAAAGCCAACAGCACAGGACAUCUGUCUGUCAGAGAUGCCACAAAAAUCACAUUAGCGCCCUCUAAUGCUGACAUCAAUCAAGGUGAAAAUGCCACCCUGCAAUGCCACGCAUCACAUGACCCUACUAUGGACCUCACCUUCACCUGGUAUCUCAAUGGGGUUCUGUUGGAUCUGGAGGUACCAAAUGGACACUAUCGUCGCAUGGAGGGGAAAGAGACAAUUGGUGACCUGGUAAUAGUCAACGGGCAGCUCAGUCAUGCUGGCACAUACACCUGCACAGCCCAGACGGUGGUGGACAGCGCAGUGGCUUCAGCCAAGCUGGUUGUGAGGGGCCCACCAGGUCCUCCUGGAGGUUUAGUGGUGACAAGUUUCAAUGACACAUCUGUUGAGUUAAGAUGGAGCCGUGGAUAUGACAACCAUAGUCCCAUUGGCAAAUAUGUCAUCAUUGGCCGCACUGCGAAGACUCAUGACUGGAAGAGGAUGAGGACAGACCCAACAAGCAUAGAAGGAAAUGCUGAGGCUGCACGUGUGACAGAUCUUCGACCCUGGAUGGAUUAUGAGUUCCAGGUCAUUGCCAGCAACAUCCUGGGUAGUGGAGAACCAAGCAUGCCCUCCCAGACAGUCCGAACCAAACAAGCAGCGCCAACCGUGGCACCCAGCGGACUUGGUGGAGGUGGAGGAAACCGUAAUGAACUUAUCAUAACAUGGACACCCAUGGCGAGGGAGUAUCAGAAUGGAGAUGGCUUUGGUUAUAUCCUGGCCUUCAGAAUACAAGGCGUGCCCACGUGGACGGUGGUAAGAGUGCCACACGUGGAGUCUUCACGAUAUGUCUACAGCAAUGAGAGUCUGUCCGCCUACUGUCCCUUUGAGGUCAGAAUCAAGGCCUACAACAAGAAAGGAGAAGGUCCCUUCAGCCAGAUUGCUGUAGUGCACUCUGCGGAAGAGGAACCUACCGUGUCCCCAAGAAGGAUUAACGCCACUGCACUGACCGCUUUUGAAAUUCAGGUGUCCUGGGACCCCAUUCAGCAUUUUAACAUUAAUGGAGUUCUUCGGGGUUAUGAGAUCCGUUACUGGCGGCAACAUGAACGGGAAGCAGCAGCAGACCGGGUGAGAACGGCAGGACUUGAAAACACAGCUCGGGUGACGGGCCUGAGACCUAAUACUCUCUAUCACAUCACCGUACUGGCCUACAACAGUGCUGGCACCGGCCCACCCUCCCCAAGAACCACAGUCAUCACCAAAAAACCCCCCCCUAACCGUCCUCCGGGUAAUGUCUCAUGGAAGGUUGAUGGUUCUUUGGUUACUGUGAGAUGGGAUCAUGUUAAAUCCUUGGACAAUGAGUCUGCUGUGCUGGGCUACAAAGUCCUGUACAAGCAUGAAGGAAAGUCUGCUUUGAAGAUACUGGAGAAAGGCAAAACAUCCAUCAGUCUCCCACUACCGAAGGACAAUGGUUAUGUGGUUCUUGAGAUCCGCUCUUGGGGAGAUGGUGGAGAUGGAGCAGCCCAUGAGACCAUUGUGUCUCGAGACUCAGGAACUGGAAUGAUGGUCCAGAACACAGCUGCCACUUUUGAGCCCCUCUCCGCAUCAAUUCUGGGGUUGACUGCACUCAUUCUCAUUGGCUUGUUAGGACUGUGAUUUAAGCCAAUGACUAGGCAUUUCCCAAAAAUAUUACAGAUAAUUGAGCAGGUUUUCCUCAAAAGAGGCAGGGCUGUGGGGGGUGGGAUUUUUUUGAUGAGAGGGAUUUUAAUGGUUGAGUAGCGAAACAAGAGUGAAAGUCAUUCAAUUAUUUUGUAUAAAAAGGCUUUUUUACAAGGAUGAUUGGUUGUAGAAUACAAGCGAGUCUUUGAGACAUUUUGAUUGUGUUAUAAGUUUUAUCACAAGAAGCUUGCCUUAUGGAAACUCAAACUUAAGCAGUGGUUAUGUCAGCAAUCGGUUAGUUGCCACUUCUUGAACAUGGUUAGCCUCAACCAUGUCACACAGACAAACAACAUGGUCAAGAUUUGAUUUCCCUAAUUGGUGUAAAUACACAUGUGUACUGGUGAAAUUUCCAUACUGGACAAAAACGCAAAUAUCCUUUUUUUUAAACGUUGUUGCUACUUCAUUACAGUAUGUGGACUGCAAAAUGAUCCAAAUGAAUGUUUACUUUUUUAUUGUUUUAUUUAUUAUUUUUUGUGAUUGUAUGUAAUGUAAUGUAAUUGGAGGCAAGAGCUGACCAUUAUUUUUAUUAAUAAUGUUUUGUAUCUUUGUAGACCUCAGAAUGAUUGUAGCAUUCUGCCUCUCCCUUAUUGUUCUACUUUUUAAAGAUGAAUAAGGCGGUACAACAGAAGCUGAUAAAGGAGGCUUGGCUUGUCAAAGUUAUCACUCUGUGUUAUCUAAGUCAUUAUUAUUGCCAUUUGUCUGUUUCUCAAGUGUUACAUAAAUAUGACGUUCAUGGGUUGUGAUUUAAUUUCUUGGCACAAAUUUCACAUUAAAACAGCAUAAAACUGGACAUUGAACAAUGCUGAAGAUAACGUUCAUGGACAUCCAAGUUAAUCAUAAUCCUGUUAUACUGUAUAAUAAGGUAUUGUUUGCUUCCCUACAAGGUACACGUGAAGCCAUUUGUUGGCUGAAAACCUAUAUACAGGGAUGCAAACUACUCGCUUUUCAGCUAUAGCCACCUUUUCUGAAGGUGAUUUGCCCAGGUUUGGUUACAUUUCUACGUUAGACACUUAAAAAAAAGACACCAUGGCCCCCACAGAGCCCCUCAAUGAACAUCGAGUCAGUCUGGGAUUACAUUGAGACAGAAGCAACUGAGACAUCAUAAACAGAAGAACUGUUGUGUGUGUUCUCUACAUUAGAUGCUUAAAAAAAGCUUUAAAUACAACAUAAAAAAGCUUACAAUACAACAAACAAAUCAAAUUAAAAUAUACAUCUGGGACACCUGCUAUGACUUUCUCACCUUUUUCACCUCUCAUGAGUUUGCA